AUGGCGUCGUACCAGGUUCAACCGCCAGAAAACUUUACCUUCACAAAACCCGAGGAGUGGCCGAAAUGGAUAAAAUGGUUUGAAAGGUUUAGAUUAGUUUCAGGCUUAAGUAGGAAAGAUGAGACAAUUCAGGUUAACACCCUUAUUUACGCCAUGGGAAACGAGGCUGAGGACAUUUUUCACUCAUUUGGAUUGGGGGAAGAGGAUGCAAAGAAAUAUGAUACAGUUAGUAACAAAUUCCAGACACAUUUCGUGUCUCGCAGAAAUGUCAUCUUUGAAAGAGCCAAAUUUAAUCAAAGAAAACAAAAAGAAGGUGAGUCCGCAGACAGUUUUAUAACAGCACUGUAUACAUUAGUUGAACACUGUGAGUAUGGAGCACUAAAAGACGAGAUGAUUCGAGACAGAAUAGUUGUAGGCAUAAGAGACAGCAAACUAUCAGAAAAACUUCAGUUGAAUCCACAACUUAAACUUGAAGAAGCUGUUAACCAAGCACGUCAAAAAGAAGCUGUCCAGAAGCAACAAGCUAUUGUGCGCAAUGAACUUAGCUCUUUCUCUGGAGGAACAGCAAAUGUAGAUGCUGUAAGUAAUUCCAAGAAAUCGGCAGUAAGAAAGAAACAUUUUCAACAUGCUCAAUCUGGAAAGUCUGGCAAAAAAGAGUUCGUAAAACUAUUUGGAGGACACAAUAAAGGCGCAUCAUCAUCAUGUCACAGAUGGGGUUAUUCGCAAGCCCAUGGUAGGUAUGGAUGUCCAGCCAGAAAUCAGAAAUGCAACAAAUGCCAUAAAAUUGGACACUUUGCUCGAAAAUGUCAAAGUCUGCAUGAAAUCGCCAUAGAAUCGGAUGAAAAUGAAGAAUUCUUGGGGGCAAUACAUGGAGCUUCAAAUUCCGGUAACUGCAAACCAUGGUUGACAACCAUCCAAGUUAAUGGACAUUCAGUUGAAUUCAAAAUUGACACCGGUGCGGAUGUUACAGCAAUACCUGAACAAAUAUUAAAGACUUUGAAUGUGAACAAUCUACAAUCCUCGCAGAAAAUUCUUAAAGGCUCUGGUAGAAACACUUUGAAUGUGAUUGGAAAGUUUCGCUGUGAAUUUUCUCUGGAAAACCGCAAAGCACAUCAAGAUGUAUACGUCAUUCGAUGCCUCAACAAAUCACUUCUUGGUAGACCAGCCAUUGAGAAACUAGAAAUUGUCAGACAGAUUGCAAGCCUGCAGCUGCACUCUGAUUACAAGCAGAAAUUUUCUUCACUUUUUAAAGGACUUGGAAAACUACAGGGGGAGUACGAGUUAAAGCUAAAAGAAGACGCACAACCGUACGCAGUCACAACGCCAAGGAUGGUGGCCUUACCCUACCUAGAGAAAGUCAAAGCCGAGCUGCACAGAAUGGAGAGCGCAGGAGUUAUCUCACCUGUAGAUGAGCCAACAGACUGGUGUUCAGGUCUUGUUGUGAUACCAAAGAAAAACAACUGUGUUAGACUUUGUAUCGACUUGACACAACUCAACAAGUGGGUAAGAAGGGAGAACUUUCAACUACCAAGCACAGAGGAGACUCUCAACAGACUCGCAGGAACCAAAGUUUUUUCCAAGCUAGAUGCGAACAGUGGAUUUUGGCAGAUACCUCUGGCUCCAACAUCUAGACCCUUAACCACGUUUAUAACACCAUUCGGGUGA